AUGCUCUGCCUCAUCAUGUACAUGAUAAUCCUCCUGGAAAAUAGCCUCCUCAUUAUCAUCAGCAUAUUGGAUUCUCGCCUCCAUACCCCCAUGUACUUCUUCCUUGGGAACGUCUCAUUCUUAGACAUCUGUUACACAUCAUCCAUUCUUCUAAUGCUCAUCAUACUUACGUCUGAGAGAAAAUCCAUCUCUUUCAUUGGCUGUGUUCUUCAGAUGGUUGUCUCCCUUGGGUUGGGAUCCAUUGGGUGUGUCCUCCUGGCUGUGACGGCCUAUGAUCAUGUGGCCAUUUGCAACCCACUGAGGUACCCCAUCAUCAUGAACAGGGUGCUGUAUGUGCACAUGGCUACGUGGUCUUGGAUCAUAGGCUGUCUGAACUCCUUAGUGCAAACAGUCCUGACAAUGGUGUUGCCUUUCUGUGGGAAUAACAUCACUGACCACCUUACCUGUGAGAUCCUGGCCCUUCUUAAACUCAUCUGCUCAGAUAUCACCAUCAAUGCGCUUAUCAUGACAGUGGCAAGUAUUAUUCUAUUGAUGAUUCCUCUGCUGUUAAUCUUCGUCUCCUAUGUUUUCAUCCUCUCUUCCAUCCUGAGAAUUAAUUCUGCUGAAGGGAGAAAAAAAGCCUUUUCUACCUGUUUGGCCCACCUGACUGUGGUCAUCUUAUUCUAUGGUUCAGCCUUAUUUAUGUACAUGAAGCCCAAGUCAAAGGACACAAACAUUUCUGAUGAGAUCAUUGGGCUGUCUUGUGGAGUGGUAACCCCGAUGUUGAACCCCAUCAUUUACAGCCUGAGGAAUAAGAAGCUGAAAGAAGCUGUGAAGAAAGUCCUGAGCUGACACCUGCAUCUAUGGAAAAUGUGAAAGGACUUGACAUGUGAUAUCAUCAAUGUGAGACCAGAUCAGGUCUUUUGUAUUCUGAGACGAAGUCAUAGAACCCAUUGUCAAGAAAACUUACCUGCUUGUAAGUCCAAAGAUGGAACUCCCAUUCUUUUCAAUACAGAAUAUUCAUGUAAACCUUCUGAACACUGUCUUGUUGGCAGUGUUUCUAGGUGUUUGCAGCUCAGCCAAUUGGGGCCAUAUAGAGCGUAUGGCUUUUCCUCAAGAUAAAUCUCUCUCCUCUCUG